AUUUAUAUUCCACAAUUGAUGAGACCGAUUGUGGUGUCGCAGCUUUAGCUAUGCUAUUUAAAUAUUAUGGUACUGAAAUUUCUCUAGCAAAACUCCGUAAUUUAGCAAAAACUGAUCAAACAGGUACAACUGCUCUUGGUAUUGUUCAAACAGCAGAAAAAUAUAAUUUUGAAACUAAGGCAAUAAAAGCUGAUAUGAGUUUAUUUGAUAUCAAGGAAUUGCCACUUCCAUUUAUAGUUCAUGUUAUUAAAAAUAAAACCUUAGAACAUUACUAUGUCGUGAUAGAAGGUACUAAAAAAUAUAUAAAAAUUGCUGAUCCAGACCCAACAGUUGGUAUAAUCAAAAUGUCAAGAAAGAAAUUUGAACAAGAGUGGACGGGAGCUGCAAUCUUCAUUGCACCCAAGUCUAGUUAUGAACCAGUAAAAGAAAAACGAAGCUCUAUGCUAUCUUUUAUUCCUGGAUUGCUUAAGCAAAAAAAACUUAUAAUUAAUAUUACCAUGGCCGCCUUGCUAACGACCUUGAUUAGUAUUGUUGGAUCAUAUUUUCUUCAAACUACUAUUGAUACGUAUAUUCCAAAUAAUAUGCAGAAUACUUUAACGGUUGUUGCUUUGGGUUUGAUAGUUUUUUAUGGCUUUCAAGCCGUUUUUACUUAUGCAAAAGAUUUUUUGUUGGCAAUACUAGGACAGCGUAAAAUUAUUGAUGCACUGGCAAGUUCUGUGUUAUCAGUAUUAAUUGAUGUUGGAACCGUAAUUGUUAUGGGAAUUAUUUUAAGCCUUCAAA